AUGACUCCGAUAUCUCAACUGAGCACUGACGAUAUCCUUCCUUCUCCCAGUUGCACAGGCCCGCUGCGCUCUGCUUUCCUCUCUUGGCUUAGCCGUCUUCUUCAGGCUCGAGUCGUUGUUCAGAGGAGCUUAGCAGAUGCCAGGCCAAUGGUGUUUCCAAUCCACAUGUUGCCACGUCCACAAUUAAUUUCGUCUGAAACCAGUCAGCAUACUCAUCCAGAACAGAAAGGACAUAGGUCUAGACUGAAAAGGGAUAGACGAGCAACAGGCCAAAAAAGUAGCGUCCCAAUUGGUAAAGAUGAGAGUAUUAUCGGAAGUCGAGUCUAUUUCAAGGUAGACAAUUCGGUCUGUAAUAUAAUUGGUGCUUCCUGCUUUCAUAAAACCGAAUCGGCUGCCCAGUUUAUCGCCGCUACGUUACACACCAACAGACUUCAUCCAACAAACCAUAAUAGUUUCCUCAACUCUGAGGCCUCUCAUAGCCAUAUAAAUUCCCGCAACCGGCCUGUCAGACUUGCACCACCCAUAGACAUUCUUGCUGUUCAGUCUGUCGACCACGAAGUGUCUACACUUCCAUUCUCUUUCGCAGCAGCAGCUAGCACGUCGUCUACCAUGGCCGUCACCACUAUGAAUCCUAUAACAGGAGGGAAAAUACUUCCGCCUGCGGGCCGAGCUUCCGAGGAUGGUGGGGCCCAAAGCGAAACUUGGUUCCAGGGGCAGUGGCGUCGUGGUAUGAAAUUACCAGUUUCUCCUCACCUCGUAUACACUUUGCUUGGCCUCAUCUGUCUUUUCAUGUUGGCUCUCCUCGUUGGAGUGCUCUACACUGUGGCUCAACAACACUUCGGCUCGCCUGGAAGUCAUUCCCAGCACAACCAGCAAAGUCGUUCCACUCUAGGCCGGUAUCCUCUGCACACAGUCAGCACCAAUGUUUUCCAUAGAAGGCCAUUCAUACAAAAAAUUCGCACCUCAAAAAUUUGGUUUCCUGAAGGCUGCAAUUCUCGUUCUUCACCACGCAAAUUGGUCGACUCCACGCCACAACGAUAUGGGCCCGUUGGUAAUUCACUUGCUGCAUACUCUCGCCAGCCAGCUCCGCUGUCUGGGUUACAGCAACAUGUCACCAUGGCUCCCAGUGCCAUAAUCGCGUUGCCUCGCUGGUUUCGUCGAUCCACACUCAAUGCUACGGAGCAACCUCAAAAACUUUUGAGAGCAAAGUUGGGUGGUGAGUUCGGGCAACAUGGAGGUCUCGAGCUUGGCGAGGUUGAGGACAUUAAGGCUGAGGAUGUUGAAGCAGAAUUUGAUGAGGAACCUACAGCCAGUUCAGGCCAGGAAGCCGCAACCUCGAACAUCACAACUGGGACCAGCCUAACCGGAUCUACGAGCGGCAACAGCAGUCGAACGAGCACGACCAGCUCACGGGCUCCUGGCCUCGAUACAGCUAGAGCUAGUCUUUUGAAGCUGGAGGAUGAAGUAGCUUGCACACGACCGUUUGAUCUAGCAGGUUCACUCCAUACCAGAACCUCUGGUAGCAGUAAGGAUACCAGCCUUGAAACCACGACAUUGCUACAUGAUUCUGUAUUUAUUGGCCCUCAGGCAUUGGUUAGCUCUGGGGUGGCUGGGUCUCCCGAUCCUCAGAGAAUCAGUCCCAUCAAGGUCCAGGACAGAAAGAUGGUGGAAUUAGUAGGCCAACUUCCAGCCCACAGACCGUCCGUUUCCCCCCGACCAGUGGGGAAGAGCCAGUCAGUCCUGGGUGCUCCACUUCUAGCAUUCAAUCCUGGUCCCACCGAGAGCUCAGAGUGGUGUGGAUUCGAAUUCUCUCAAAAGCUUGAAUCAUCAUUCCUUGCUGCCUCCAAACCAGAGUGUGAGUCACUUCGGUUUCCAUCUAUCACCUCUAGCAAGCCAGAACUAUCUCCAUUCUCUUCUUCCUCAUCAAGUGCAGAUCAGACUAUAUGUUAUACGUCUCGUCUCACUGGUUGCCUAGACAGACAAUUAUUGGCCAACGAACAGAAACCAGGGCUACUAUCCGAUAACAUUCAAACACCUUCCCAUCUUCUUGUACCAACUACACAGAACGAAGUUGUUUCACAAGUUGACUUUACGCCCUCCACGAGUAGUAAUUUAAUCGCCAGAGCAACUACAGCGGUUACGAUGACCACCAUAGCCCUGACAACCCUUACUACCAUCAAACCGCAUCACAAUUUUAACUCAUAUGGAAGCAAAGGUGGCCCUGGUCGAGUAGAUCUAGGGAAUUCGAUGACGCCAUCACACAUACCUGCCUCCGGAAUCAGGCCGCAACCAUUGACAGAUCGAGAGGGAGAUUGGGUAACCACCUUUCAUGAUCUGGUGGACAACCUUCUUUCUGGCAAUGGACUUGGGGGCUGCCUAACCAAGAAUUCCCUAUGUGGUGCGUGCUGCAUGGAUAGAGGUAAACCAGGGCAAUGCCAAGGCCCUACGAGUUUGUAA